AUGGAGAUCCUGCCUAUAAUCCUCUGCGCCAAACGCAGCGGCGUGCAGACGAGAACUCGAAGCGGCGGCCAUGACUUCGAGGGUCUGUCUUAUCAGUCCCAAGUCCCGUUCGUCGUCAUUGAUUUGAUCAAUUUCAGUGAAGUAACGGUUGAUGUCGAGCGCAAGACCGCCUGGGUUGGAGUUGGCGCAACCGUCGGCUCUUUGUAUUAUGCAAUUGCCCCGAAAAGCCCGGUUCUGGGCUUUCCAGUUGGCAUUUGCCCUACCAUUGGCAUCGGCGGGCACUUCAGCGGCGGAGGCUACGGCGCCAUGUUAAGAAAACAUGGCGUCGCAGCCGAUCACUUGGUUGAUGCCAUAAUAGUCAACGCUAACGGCAGAAUCCUGGACAGAAAAUCAAUGGGCGAGGAUCUGUUCUGGGCGAUCACAGGCGGCGGAGGCGCCAGUUUUGGCAUGAUUACGGCUUGGAAGGUACAACUGGUGGAUGUUCCAGAAAUAGUCACUGUUUUCAGAGUGAGCAGAACGAUGGAACAGAACGCGACUCAGAUCAUUCACCGCUGGCAAUAUGUAGCCUCUGAAGUCGACAAAGAUUUGUUCAUCAGGAUCAUUUUGUCCACAACAAACUCGACUCAAUCGAGUGAGGAGUUGACGAUCGAUGCUUCUUUUUACUCGUUGUUUCUUGGCCGGAUCAACAGAUUGCUACCGUUGAUGAAAGAGAAGUUGCCCGAGUUAGGGUUAGUGAGAUAA